AUAAAUAAAACAAGUCUUCUGAGAACCGUUUAUUUCAUUAUUUCCCCCAUGACCCCCCACUCUCCCUUCUCCGGGUCAUGUGACGAGUCCAGUGCCACCAGGGGGGAGGGGAAUCUGUUGGGAUUAGCCUCCACAGUCAACACACAGGUCACACACAACACACACACGCUCGCUGAUGGCUACACUCUGCAAACACCAGGGCACCAGCAGAAGCUUUGUGUGACACACACACACACAUCAGAGACCCUUCAUCCGCUCACCAUGGCGUCCCUGGAGGAAGAGCUGACCUGCUCUGUGUGCCGAGACUUCUUCAGCCAAGCCCACCCCCUGCCCUGCGGACACAGCUUCUGCCCCGCCUGCAUCCGCGAGGCCUUUGGCGGCCUGGGCGAGGGCAAAAGUCGCUUUACCUGCCCCCAGUGUCAGGAGGAGCACGGUGAAGUGCCGUGUGACUGCUGCCCUCCCGCUGCAGAUGAAGGACAUCCACCGCCGGCUGUCAAGACCUGCCUGAGGUGUGAAGUGUCGCUGUGUGCCGCGCACCUCCAACCCCAUCUGGAGAUGCCGGCGUUUAGCACCCACCUGCUGGUGGACCCGCUCGGGGACCUCUCCCAGCGAAGGUGCCCGACACACACUGAGAUACUGCGCUACUACUGCGCCGACGACAGGGUGUAUGUGUGUGGUGACUGUCUGCUGGACGGAGGCCAUGCUGAGCACAAAGUGAAAGCACUGAGACAGGUGGAGGAGGAUCUGAAGGUCAUACUCCAGACCCUGUUCAGCAAAGCAGAGGAGAAGCUGAAAGAUGGAGAGCGUAUCCUCAAAGAGCAUGAGAGCAUCGAUUCAACCAUGGCUGACUCCCUAAAGCAGGACAAUACCCAGGUAGAGCGGCUGGGCUUGGACCUGCAGGUCCAGGUGAUGAGGCUGGUGGUCGCUCUGAGGGAUAUCACCAGGAGGGAGAGACAGCAGGUCAUAGAGCGCAUGCACGAAGACUGCUCCAAGGUGAGAGGCGAGAUGAGCCAGGCGCUGAGCAUCCAGCGCUACCUCGCCUCGCUGCUGGCAGAGACGGACCCCUUCCUGCUCAUCUGGGUUACUAGCCGACCUGAACAGCCCGCUCUUUAUCCCUGACGCUGUCCGUCUGGACAGGAAACACAUCUUGGAGGACAUAGAGAGCAAGUAUCGAGAGUUCAUCACCGGCACCCUCCGCUGC